AAACAUAAACAAAAACAAUUUAAGAUUUCCUUAACAAUAAUAAUUACUCAAUUAACACCCCCUUUGAAUGAGUCUUUCAUUUAGUUCAAUUUGGCACAACUACAUGCACCGCUCCUGAAAGUGAUGUCUUCCAUCCUUCCUUUUUUUUUUUGGGUGAAUCCAUCCUUCCUUCAAUAGCUUCAAGUAACAGUCUAUUAUUUCCCAUUAUCAUUUGAUAGACAAGCUUACACAUCUUUUUUUUCUUCUUUCUCUUUAUGUAUACAUAUUUAGAAUUUAUUGAGCGUCCACUCAUGCCAAAAAUAUAUAUCUUAUAGUUUUUUCCUUAAGGUGAAGUAGCUGAAUGCCCCUCUCCGUACCAUCAAGGGGUUCUUCUUUGGUUGCCAUUUGGUAAGAGGGCCUAGUACAUCUCUUUUCAACAGAAAAACAAGACCACAUCAUUGGAUUCUAUUUUUAGUAAAUUAGUUAAUUUGUCUUCCAUCCAAUGAAGCUUUCCAGCCAAGUGGACUACUCAGGGUCUGAACUUUGAUGGCUGUUUUGUAUGUAAGGAAAGUGGAGAUUUACAAGAGAAAGCAGAUCAGAUCAUAAAGGAAUAAAAUCACCAUUCAUCAGUUAGUAGGAGUACUCACAAAAGGAAGCAAGUAAUUUUGAAUUUCCAAAACCCAAAAGAUUAUUAAGGCAAGGACAUUUAUUACCUUACCUGCAAAUAAUUAAUGCUCCCCCAACUACAUUAUUAUUACCAGCGGGGGAAUAAUUCUCUUUUUCACCUCCUCCUUCUCCUUGGUUUCUCCACUACUUAGAACCUGGCCCCUAACAUCCUAAACAAAAAACGUAACGUUUUAGCAGCAGUGGUAACUAUUAUAAGGUGAAAAAUUGAAGGCCCGUGGCCAUGGAAAACAUCAGAAAUUGGGCAGAAUUAGGGAUUGUGGAUACUAUCUACGAAGACGAUGUUGAAGAUUCCGAUGAUUCUUCUGUUUCUAUUUCUCCAGGAAUCUCUCCAUCUCCUUCACCUCCCCGCUCCAGGGUCGUUUCCUGGUCCCAAGUUACAGGGAACGAGACUGAUGUAGUCAUACAUGUUGAAAGCUCACGUUUUCGCCUACACAAGGAUCCAUUGGCAGCAAGGAGUGGAUUUCUGAAAAGGAAGCUGAAGGGUUUGUCCGAAUUAACCCUCUCUCCGCCGUUAAAGAUAACGGCCGAAACAUUUUCCUUAAUCGCCGAGUUCUGCUACGACUCUCACAUCGUCAUAACGCCGUUUAACGUCGCCGCACUUCGUACGGCGGCGGAAUUGCUAGAAAUGGCGGAGGCUAAUAACAUUGCAGGUGGCGAAAACUUGGCUCAGAGAACGGAAGCAUAUUUCCGGCGUGUAAUUGCCGUUAAUCGUGAGUAUGCAUCGAUCGUGCUGCGUUCUUGUAUUCCCCUGCUUCCGGAGUGUGAAACGACGUCGUCACUGUUGAGUAGAUGUAUUGAAGCGUUAAGUUUGGUAGACGACGGUGAUUGCAUUUUGAGGUGCCUCAACGACGUUAAAGAGUUGCGGCCUGUGGAAUUUCUGGUAAUCAUCACGUCAAUGAAUCGGUGGUUGGGCGGAAGCCAUGAUCAGCUCUAUAGAGUUGUUGACCUUUAUCUUAAGGAAUACAAGGGGAAGAUAUCAGAUGAAGAAAAAAUUGCAAUGUGCAAUUACAUCGACUGUACAAUCCUCUCGCCUCAACUUCUCAUGCACGCGGUUCAAAACGCCAAAAUGCCUUUAAGGUUUGUCGUCCAAGCUAUGUUCAUUGAGCAAUUGAACACCCGUCGCUCUAUCCUAACCGCGACUGUUUCUGACAACAACCAACACCAACACCAACACCGCGAUCAUCACAUGAAUCAUCAGCUCCAAAACAAAAACGAAGUCACUUUGGGUACAAUUCUCGAACGAGAUGCAGCACUUCGUCAAGUCUCACAGCUCAAGGCAGCAAUGAACGCCACGAGCUCGCGAAUCCAGAGUCUAGAGCAAGAGUUGAGUGGCAUGAAGAAGCUUCUUGAAGAAUCAGAUCAAAACGCGAAGAAUAAUUUGUCUCAUAACUCUGCUCGCUCAGCUAGUUUUCGAUUGAGUUCCGAGAAUAAGAUUGAUAGAGGGCAAAUUGGAUCAGUCUCUUCAGCAAGCUUUCGGAUACUUACAGCUAGAGAUAGAGCGAUCAUGGGGUCGUCCAAUUCAUCAGAAAUAUCAUUCGAAGAAAGUACAAAAGUGGAAAAGAGUAAUUUUAGUCGAAGGCUUAUGAACGGCUUAAAGAGCGCAUUCAGAGUAUCAAAGAAGAAAACGGAGACGAAGGUGGAAAAUGCAAAAGAGGCUGAAGAUGGUAAAGAACAACUUGGUGAUGUUGUGGUAAUAAAGAAGGAUGUGCCUUUUCGCAGGCAGCCUCGUUCUCUAGAGUAGAAAAUAAAGAUCUAUUCGUUUUCACAAAUCUAUUUAGUUUCUAUUGAAUUUGUCUUCUCUUAUUAGUUUAUCAGAUUACCUUCAUGACAAGAUUCUACGUUUCUCUAAAUUGAUAUGGGGAACGGUAUAGGAUUUAAACUGUGUUACUAGUUGCUUGAUUUGUGCUGUCUGCACACUGUUGUCCGUUUAGCGGAAUUUUAGUAAGGUCAAAAGUGAUUUUCCUUUAACAAGACAUUGCUUGGUUUAA